AUGGAUGAUGUUGUUGACCUCGUCAUUGGGCCCUUUCGAGAUAUCGUCGAAAAGGGCCGGGAGGCGAUAGAAAAUGCGGGCGACGAUAAGACAAUGCUUAAGGCAUCACAAAGCCUGACCAAGGAAGGCGAGCGUGCGCUCAAGAGAAUUGAGCCGUUAUGUCGGAAGCAUCUGGAUGAGUACGGCUCUAAUUUCUUAGACGCUCUCAAGGAAAAUGAACUAGACGAUUUCGACACCGAAAAGUUCACGGAAUUGCAGGCCCUGUCACGUAAAGCUGCCCCCAAGAUAUACGAUAUACUCAUGCGCCUCAAGCUCGAGGUUCCCAUUGACCAUGAUAGUCGCUCCAUCAUGACUCGAAUGUCGGGGCCACAAUCCAGACCUAUGUCCCCAGACGCUCCUCCGAUCCCAACCAUAUAUGCCUUUUCCGACUUGACAAAAGACAUACCAAGAAGCUCUUCUUCAGUCGCUUCUGAAAGCCGCUCUAGCAAUGGCCCUCCAACGGUAGAGGCGGCCACUGCUGAGUUGCGGCGCAUGAUGCAGUCUCGAUCAGGACCAGACGAAGGCCUGUAUGCCGAAUCUCCAGUAGCCAGCCACACGCCGCAGUCUGCACUUACACCGAUCGAACCACCUCCACGACCACCAUCCGGCAAUCCAUGGGACUUUAACGUCAAGCCUUCGCCAGUGACCCGCGACAACCAUUUCCCAGAUGAAUUUUCUUUCGAAAGAAGACAGCCUGUGGCUCCAAUCGAGUCACCCAUUGAACCAACCUCGCCACCUUUGAGCCCAGAUCAAGGCAGCGAGCUACGUCCGCGCCCACUCAAGACAGCCGCAGACCGAUCAUCUCAGUAUAGCAACGAUUCUCAGGCAAGCUCGGGGACAGAAUCGACAACAUACGAACGGACAUACAGCGUGUUCCCUCGCGGACGUUAUUCAAGCCAUAACUCUAUCUUAUCUACACCCAUACCCGAAGAUGUUGUAUCAGAACGAUCUAGCGCUGGCUAUGUGUCGCAGCUCUCUCCUGUACCAAGAACAGUACCUCCCCGGUCACAUUCGCUUCCCCAAUCUCGUCCUGAAUCGGUUGAAACGAAUCCUGGGUCUGUCUUCGAUUCAAGCCGAGUCGAUGGAGCGACUACCCCUCUUACAGAUAAUCGAGAAUCGUCGUUCUCAGUCGUUGACGGCAGUCCGACUCUGGGUACCGCCGAAACGCAUCGUCUUUCAGUCAAACAUCUUCCAAUGAAUAACUAUCAGGGUAUGCUUGAGCCAGUGCGGCCUGUUAUGGUACCGGAAGUAGACAAUUUCCCCAUUCCCGUGGAAGCUGAGGUUGUGACGCCUCAACACCCACCGAAUCCCUUUGCUGUUGACUGUGUCCGAAAGACCGUGAAACCCGGAUUCGCAUCUGUUGCAACAAUUGCGAAAUGUAUCAAGUGCCAAUUCGAACUCGAUUUUAACGAAAUUGACCUGGAUGUCAAUAAAGCAGAACGCGGCAACUUCAUCAAGAAUGGGAUUGGAUACAGACUGCGCUUCCUUCAAAAGUCGCAUUUGCCAACGCGCCGGUCAGACGAUGUCAUGUAUGGUUGUGUGUUUUGUGUAAACCAAGGCAAGACUAUUCAUGCGAGCGACGCAACAGUCUUUACCAGCCAGAAGGCCUUAUUUGCACACUUGGCUCGUCAUCCUCGACCUCUUCCGGCUGUGCAAGGUUUCACGUUGAUCGAAGGGAGCGAGAUUCCUGCCAACUAUAAGAACGACUACGACCUUCAUUUCAAGUCGCCUGCCGAAUCCCACCCACAUUUCGAGCAAGCUUCCAACACGUCCCAUCUCCCAACGGCAACCACCAAAGAAGCAGCUCGCCGCAUGUACGGUCAACGAUUGCUGUAUGACAGAACUCCUGCACACGAACUCGUAUUGAACGCUAGAAUCGUAGGCCUUUCUUGGCCGCCAAAGUACUUGGGCGAGUGGGCGAUGGGAUUUCACGAUGGCAUCCAAGCCAGUGUUCCAACCGAGAUUCUAAGACUGGAUCCGCCGCCAUCUGAACAAGUCAAGAUAGAUGGAACUAGUCCGGUGCAAGCUACUGCAAAGUGGAAGUUUAACCACAAGGACAAGGUCAAAGGUGACUGGCUAAAAUUCGAGAAAGACGAAAUUAUUACCAACAUUAGCUGGCCUUAUCAAGAAUUUUGGUGCUGGUCAGGCACAAAUGCUAAGGGCAAGACAGGAAUAUUCCCCCAAGCAUUUAUUGAUGUGGCAACGCUACGCGAUUUUGGCAAAGCCGGGUCGGACAGGGCGAGUAUCGUGAGUAACGAGCGGAACAAGUCUUUAUCUGUCUUGUCUCGGUUCACGUCUCGCAAAACAAGCCGCGCUGGGAGACCCGGAAGCAUUUCUGGAUCGAUCGGCAGCAAUGAGAUCCCGGCACUCCCAACGCCGGUCGGGGCAAAUGGACAAGAUUAG